UGAGUGAGUGAGUGAGUGAGACAGACAGACAGACAGACAGAGAGUGAGUGAGUGAGUGAGGGAGAGGGAGAGUUGCUGAUGGAGCACUUCUCCUCUGUUAUUAGUGCCUGAGAAAACAUCCGCCCCGAGGUUUCAAUUAGAAAUGCAAUUAGAAAGCUGUCCACCCAGCUCAAUUUUUUAAUAAAGUGUUUUAGGGGAUAAGUUCAGUGUUAGGGAGAAUGACGCUCAGUAUCAUGUGGGUAAUUUCUCCCACAAUGCAGUGACUCAAGCCUGGUCGGAGUUUUCUGUACUGCAGCUGGGUUAACUGUCGAGUCAAUGUUACACCGCUAGUGUUGCAACCCCCACCCCCCCCGAAAAGAAAGGUGUUAAUGCUUGAGUAGCAGAAACAGAGAUUUUGAGGACUCCAGGAAAACAAGUGUAAGAGUGUCAUGUGUGAUAAUGGAUCCUGAGAAGCUUCUUUCAAGUGUGAAGAAGGAUAUCCGCUCUCUCCUCAUCUCCUCCAAGCAUGGCCUUUCUCCAGAGCAGCUCAGGAACGACUACCAGAACAUGCUGGGCCAUCCCAUGCCACUCAAAGUCCUUGGUUUUCGCUCUGUGUUGGACAUGGUCAAGGAAAUGCCUGAUGCCGUGUACGUUUACUAUGCCCUCAAUGGCACGAUAGUGUUAAAAGCAAUUGGAGAUGAGACCACAAGAGGCAUCGAAGAGCUCGUCUCCAAGCAGCAGAACCAUAGGCACAAAACCAAGUCAAAAAGUGGCAACACGGGUUUGUUCUCAUCACGUUCCCGCUAUCAGCAGCACUCAUUUGUCCUCCCUCGUCGAGGACACGCUCCCCUUGUUCUCCCUGCUCAGCUGCGCUCACAGCUCAGGCAGUUACUCACUCAUGGCCCCAUAGGGCUCUCUGAGCUGGAGAUGCGCUAUGCAAUCCGCUUCGGCAGGUCUCUCAAUGUCGCACACUAUGGCUUCUACUCCAUCGCUGAGAUGCUGGCAGCUGCCUCGGACAUGAUCACGGUGAGGCAGACUCGCAUAGGGUCACAGCUGGUACUAAAGACUGAAGUCACACAAGUCAAACAAAUGCUCAGUAGUACUGCUGCACUCCCUAAACAGUCUGCAGGAAUAUCCAGAGUGUUCACUAACUCAGCAAAAGUGCUGCGAGAAACGCCGAUGCUCAGCAAUAUCCACCCUGAAGCCCAGCAGAAAGCCAAAAACACUGCAGCCAUCAGAAUACAGGAGAUUGAACCUGCCACUCUUGUAAUGCAGGAAAAGUCAUUUGAAAAGUCUGUUGCAAAGCUUGAGGAGGAGUUCAGGAAGAGGAUUAUUGAAAGCGGAGACGCAGGCACGGUCAGUCAGGAGCUGAAGGAGAAGCUUCGAAAGGUUGUCGCUGAGCAUAGACAAGGCAUGGCCAUUCACAGUCUUCCUACAGAGUACAAGAAAAUGUACGGUGAGGACUUGCCACUGGCCCAGUGUGGCUUCCUGAGUGUGACCGAGAUGGUUGGAGCCCUCAGCGACACGUUCUGUGUGCAGCCAAGCACUGAAGAAGGAGCAAAGCACUUACUCAUUAUGGAGUUCAAACCAAAUGAUCAACCAGCGUUGUCUCUGAACCCUUCCACCAAGGGACACUACUUAAACUGCAGUGAGACGGCCUGGGAGUGUCGGGAUGAUGGAGAAGAGUCCACGGAGUCCGACCCUGAGAUCGAAAUCACCAACGAGAUCAUCAAUCGGGUGCCUUUAAAUGUUCAGACAGUGGAUGUUUUCCCAGUGACGGCUCUGAGCUGUGCCUCCAUGAUUCCUCUAGAUGCACUUCGGUGCCAGAAGCUGAAACCUCCCACUCGGAGGCGAGACCGAGAUCUGGUGGCUGUCGUGGUGGAGAGGAUUGAGUCACCCAGCCAUUUUUACAUCCGCUUUGAUGAAGACCAAGAGGCCCGCACCCUAGAGAACAUGAUGUUUCAAAUGAGGAGCUGUUAUUCUUGCCCAGAGGUGUCUGAACGUUACCGGCUCCCAGAUGCAUAUGUGCGACCUGGACAGGUGUGCUGUGUAGCCCUGGGAGACAUGUGGUUCUACCGGGUGGUAAUCCAUCGGCUCCUCACUGCCACAGAGGUGGAAGUGUACUACGUGGACUUUGGAAACCUUACUGUUGUCAGCAGAAACAGGCUGCAGUUCCUGAAGUCAUGCUAUGCUGAGCUUCCAGCACAAGCUGUUCCAUCUGUACUUGCUGGAGUGAAGCCAGUUAAGGGUAUUUGGUCUAAAGAAGCCACCAGCUCGUUCCAUAAGCUAUGCUAUGACCGCACCCUGGUGGCUGCCAUUCACAGCUACCAGCAUGACUUCCUGCUUCUGUUCCUGUGUGACACACACACUGAGGAGGACCAUUACUUCCAUUGUAUACUUCAGGCUGAGGGUCAUGCUGUGGCCUGCGCUGCCACGAACACUCUGGUGUUACAGCAAGUGAGCCCUGUGACCUUUUACCUUGGUGAAGGCCAGCUGGAUGAAGUAAAGGAACAUUUUGCAGCAGUGACUUCUUCUCUUAGUGUCACAAAUGCACAAAACCUUAAACAUCUUCAGCCAGAUGCCUCUGCAGUACGCAGUAAGCUUUUGACAGAUGGUGUAGACAAUCAACAGCACAGCCAAGAAAUGGCUCUUCUUGAUCUUCCUGAGCUGGAAUUCAUUGAUGUGGCUCAGGGUGAAAAUUCUAACCCAUAUGAGGCACUGCUGAAUAAAGAUUCAGCCAACUUUGACAACUGGGAUCAAGGACGGACGAACAAGGCCAGUGUCGAUGAGGAGUCCAAACUUCUUCAGAAUGGGCAAGAGAAGAGUGCAAAUACUAAUUUGCUGACACCUGUUCCAUCUAUCAAACCGGACAUAGAAACACAGCCUGUUUUGGAGAGUAAGCACACUCUGAAUCCUGCAUCGACCCUGCACACACUCGGUGAUCAAACUCCAAGCCUGAUCCACAGCUGCAGCCACCACACUGGCAUGUCUGCUGUAUUGUUCCAGCCUUUGCCCUCCAGCCUGAUGUUUUCUAUGUUCAGCUCUGGAGAUAGGCUUCACCACACGUCCCGUCUCGCAUUGGGCCCCUCAGCCCGUAUGGCAGCCGCACCCAGCCUCAUCCAGUGGUACACACAUAAACCAAUUUAAACAAACCGACUGCCGAUACUGGUGUCUGAUAUGCUGACCUGAAAUAGCUACAGAUGAUUGUUGAGAGCUAAGCUGAGUUAUGCAGAAGUUGUUCGUGUUUGUAUUAUGUUGAAUGUUGUUUUACAUUUUUUCUUUUAUACUGGCAACAUUUAAAAGCCCACCCAGACUGUAAUAUCAAACAAAGUAUGAAACCAUAGUGAGAGACAAAAGGAAUAUUGUUUGUGACUGAUAAAUUAUUUUAAAAUGUCUCUCAGGUAUUGAUCUAUUAUUAUUAUUAUUAUUAUUAUUAUUAUUAUUAUUGUUUAUCCGGUAAAAUUCUCAAUUGAUGUUUUUGUUUUUUUGAUGUACCAAUUUUAUCUGAUUUUCUGUUUUAUGUAAGUUUCUGUGUUCAUUGUUUUGCAUUGUUAUCAUUUCCUUGUCUGGAGAAAACAUCAGACUGAGGCAGACACUGAAAGUCUGGACGAGAAAUGACCUAAUUAUUUUUUGUUUUUCCAGUGGAGAAAAAUAUUUAAAAUCAUAACAUGAUAUUGUUAACUGUUCUAUAUCAGUUAUUAUAAACAUUUUCAUGUUGCAUCUUGCCUGCACUCAAAGAUGUUCAAUCCAUCUACAGAGAGCUCACCCUCCCAUUUGCAGGCUCGGAGUGUGGGUUGUGUUAAUUAACUGUAUUUUUUUUUUAUGAGUUGUGGUAUCAGGAAUACAUCUCUCGUCUGUGUCCUGCUGUCUUUGUCUUUGCAAUAUUCACUGUGACACAGUGUUCACUGUGAGAGGACCUUUGCUCCUAUGAGCACCAUGGGGAAGAUUAAAUUACCCAAGCAGCAUGUCAAUAAUCCAGCCACAUCCAUAACUCUGUAUUAGAAACAGACAAACAGCCCAGCUGAGGGCCCUGGUCAGCAAUUUUAUCCUUUAGCUAACUUAACCAAUGCCUCCUGUACUGAAUUGUCCUCAUUAAGCCAAUUAUUUCUUUUAAUGGGAGCUUAAUGGGUCUGUUUCCCCAAGACACCCAGGAGGCCUGGCCUUUUAGGAAGGAGCUGAAAGACAAUACCUCAUCUAAGCUCUGUGAGUUCCAGUCUCAAAGAAAACGUAUGAGGUGAAGGUAAAUAGUACAUGUUUUUUUUAUGUGGAAAUCUAGGUUCAUGUUGAGUCUAUUUUCUCGCAAAAUUUGAACACCCUGUGUGAUUAUAUUAUACACAAUCCACUUUAAACCCAAUUAAAGGAAUGUUUCUACAGACAGGUGGGAAAUUAAAGAAAAAACUUAAUUUAAGUCUCUGGUACUGUAUUGGAGGAAUGAACACUGAAAGAUAUUCUCUUAGGUGGCGUUUUGAUGAUGAUGUUAGAGAGCACUGUCUAAAGGCCUCAGCAUACUUAAUGUGAAGACUGUAUCUGUGAGGGAUGAAGCCAACUUUUUGAGCUCCCAAUCUCACAUCGUCCCUGUGGUUUCGUAUCUGCCGUCAUGCAUGAGUGUACCAGUAUUACAAGUGGCGCUGUGAACUAUUUCCAGGGCUAGAUUAAGAAGAAUGACUGUCCUCAAAGUUCUCCACGUUGGUAUGUGACAUUGUUUCAUAUGUGAUGUAUUGUGCUUAUAAGUAUGCAUCUGAGAUACAGGGUGUUCUGGUUGCCAUUGGGAAUUUCCUGACCACAGGAACAUGACAACUAUUUAAAGUACUCGGAAUUGUGGAGAGAAAUAAUAUGGAACAAGCAAUAAAAUCACACAAAAAAUUUUUUUAUUCUGAGCCAAAAAAAAGGUUUGUGAAAGGACA